CUGUGGCGUGCAUCUGACUUGGUGUCACUGACAUCCCCAGUGACACCAAUACAGCGAUCAGUGCUACUAAAAAGCACUGACACUGUACUAAUGGCACUGGGCAGAAAGGGGUUAACAUGAAGGGCGAUCAUUGGGUUAACUGUGUGCUGUGUGUUUGUGCUUCACUGUAAGCACACUGCUUUGGAUGGCUGUGCAGAGCCAUGCAAAGCAGUGUGCAUGGGCUGACAGGGAGAACUGUUUUUUUUAGUAACAGUGCCCCGUGCCCGGAAAUGCAAAAAUCA